AUGCGUUUCUCAGUUGCUUCUGCUGCUCUCUUCGCUGGUGCCGCCGUUGCCAUGCAGGGCUAUGGUCAACAAGGCGGCUACGAAGCUCAGGGCUAUGAGGCUCAGGGCUACGAGUCCACCGUCUACUCUACCAAGGAGGUCACCAUCACCUCCUGCGGCCCCGAGGUCACCAACUGCCCUGGAAGCCAGACUCCUGGUGCUCCAGUUCCUACCACCACUCCUGCUGGCGAGCCUGUCCCAGUCCCAACUUCCUACUCUACUGAGUACGUCACUGUGACCGACUGCCCACCAGAGGUUACCAACUGCCCUGCCUCUUCCACCCGCGUUGAGACCAGCGUUGUCCCAGCUCCUACCGAGACCCCCGUGCCAACUGAGCCCACUGGUGAGCCCACUGGCCUCCCAACCGAGACCGUCCUCCCAACUGAGUCUACCCCCAUGGGAACUGGCAACCUCCCUGUCCCACCAUCUGGCACUGGUAUCCCACCAAACCCAUCCGGCGGUAUUCCAACUGAGAUCCCACCAUACCCAACCAACAUCCCAAGCCAGCCCUCUCCAAACACCUCCGUUACCUACAUCACCACCUGCAUGCCAACUGUCAUCACCUCCGUUAUCACCCUUGAGCCAACCCCAACUGCUGUCCCAACCGGCGGUGUUCCCGGAACCGGUGCUCCUGGCAUCCCAUCCGGCACUGGUGUUAUGCCAACUGGAACUGGUGUCUUCCCAACCACCGCUCUUCCAACCUACACCGGUGCCGCCAGCACCUUCUCCGGCUCUUACGCCGUUGCCGGUCUCGCCGGUCUCGCCGCCAUCAUCCUGGCAUAA